AAUUACGUUGAGUUAGUGAUCAUCAGCAUAUACAGAAGGGUGUAGUUUUCCCGCCACCACAAUUUCGACACAGUGAGAGAGAAGAAAGAUGUUGUGGGUAGACAAGUAUCGUCCCAAAACCCUAGACAAUGCUCUGGUUCACAACGACACCGCUCAAAAUCUCAAAAAAUUGGUUUCGGAACAUGAUUGUCCCCAUUUGUUGUUCUAUGGUCCUUCAGGCUCUGGCAAGAAAACCCUAAUCAUGGCUCUUCUCCGUCAAAUGUUUGGACCUGGUGCCGAAAAGGUGAAGGUGGAGAAUAGGGCAUGGAAAGUUGACGCAGGGAGUAGAUCUAUUGAUCUAGAGCUGACGACAUUAUCAAGUGCCAAUCAUAUUGAAAUGACUCCGAGCGAUGCAGGCUUUCAGGACAGAUACAUUGUUCAAGAAAUAAUCAAAGAAAUGGCUAAAAAUAGACCCAUUGAUACUAAAGGGAAGAAAGGAUUUAAAGUGCUGGUGCUUAAUGAUGUGGACAAACUCUCUAGAGAAGCUCAACAUUCACUUCGCAGAACGAUGGAGAAAUACAGUGCUUAUUGCAGAUUAAUUUUAUGUUGCAAUAGUUCUUCAAGAGUCACAGAAGCCAUCCGGUCCCGUUGUCUUAAUGUACGAAUAAAUGCACCAAGUGAAGAACAGAUUGUUGAAGUUUUACAGUUCAUUGGUAAGAAAGAAGGGCUACAACUUCCUUCUAGUUUUGCUGCUCGUAUAGCAGAGAAAUCAAAUCGGAAUUUGAGGAGGGCCAUAUUAUCAUUUGAGACUUGCCGUGUCCAACAGUAUCCUUUCACUGACAAACAAACAAUUCCUCCAAUGGACUGGGAGGAAUAUAUUUCAGAAAUUGCAUCUGACAUAAUGAAAGAACAGAGCCCAAAAAGGUUGUUUCAAGUUCGAGGAAAGUUGUAUGAGCUUCUAAUCAACUGUAUUCCUCCAGGGAUCAUUUUGAAGAGGCUACUUUAUGAGCUUUUGAGGAAACUGGAUGCUGAACUGAAGCACGAAGUUUGCCAUUGGGCAGCAUAUUAUGAACAUAGGAUGCGCCUUGGACAAAAGGCCAUUUUUCACAUCGAAGCAUUUGUGGCCAAGUUCAUGAGCAUCUACAAAUCCUUCCUCAUUGCAACAUUUGGCUGAAGGAUGGUUGUUUGCUUUUCUAUGCUACAUUUUCAUUGUAUUAAUUACUGGAUAUUUCACUCAUUCUUUGGCUAAAGUUUAUUGUUCUUAUAUGCAUACUAUAAUUAUCAUGACUCAAGAUUAUGAUGUUUUGGUUUGUAGAGGUGUUAACUUAUGCUCCAUUAAGUUGUUUGUACUUCAAAUUAUGUUUAAUUUUCUUA